AUGAAUCCAUACGAUGGAACAGACCACGGGUUAUAUUUGGAGCCAGAGAUUGAACACGAUAACGCCUAUUUCUCCUUUACCCCAUCGAGAGAUACUACAGUUAAUGCAUUCCCAGCUCUGACGGAUGAAUUCAAAUCGUUUUAUCAGAAGGAAGAUACAACAAAGGAUCAUGCAUAUCCUGGUAACAAUGAAACAGUACAAGCUAAAGGGACAGAGGAUGCUUUGAAGGAAAAGUUGCGCCGUGCUCACCCUGAGCGUGUAUAUGUGAAAAGGAUCAACAUUCUUAAAGUCAUAGUAAACUCUUUGAAUGGGAAGGAUAAGGUUGCCAAAAUACUGAAAUACGUCUUUGAUCUCCUGAAUUUUGGAUUGACUAAGCUGACGCAAUCAAAUAAACUAUUGGACAGGAUAUUUGCCAACAAAACAUUAAGCCGAUUUUUGCGACAACCGAGGUUACUCAUGACUUACAUGUCGAAAAAACUAGUGGCAAAAUUAUCCUUUAUCAGCUCCCAACUGAGCACGUACCGAUAUAUUCUACGGUUUGGAAGUAGUCCAUUUCUUCUAUUAGAUCUAAUAGAGAAGUGCAAGCAAAAAUGGAAAGUGGAGAAGGCGAAAAAUCUCGAUACGUUUAGUACUGUUCUCAGUUUUGCCGUAUCGUAUCCUAAUGAGAAAUCUGUACGUGAAUUGAACGAUUUAUAUUUUACGUUCUGCGAUGAAAUGAUGCUGCUUCAUAAAUUUAAAGUCUGGUCCAGCCUCACACUCGCCACCACAUUAAUGAGGCACGAAGUUUACGCAUGGCAGUUCGACAUAGUGGUGAACUUGAAAGAUACGAUUUCCAAAUGGAACGGUAUCAAGAGGAGAGAACUGGAGACAAAUAUUGAAAUGGAGAUACUGAGCAGACCUGGUACAUCCAACCCGCAUUACAAUGAGUCGGACUUCAUACCAGGCCAGCCCUCUGAAAAACACCGGGAGAGCAAUAAAAAUGAAGAGCUACAGAUUUUGAGGGACCGGCUACUAAUAUUGAAGGAGGAGAAGCAGACUACACAACUUGAUUUGAUAAGAUUGAUGUUUGAUUGUGCGGCAAACAGUACCGAUUUAUUCAAUCUAAACAUUUCUUCAGGAACGUACAGCAUACUGUCUUUGUUUUCCGGGAUCUCAGGGUUUAUCAAACUGUGGAUCCAGGCGGAAAAGCAAUUAAUUGAAGAACAAUUAACAUAA